CUGGCUUGUCUCGUUCGCGGUCGUCGUCGUCGUCGUCGCGCGUCUUCCCCUCGCUUGUCGCCCUCCCCGUCCUAACGUGCUUACAAGUCGAAACCCCUUUCUUCGAUGAGUCAUGCUAAACUUAUCUGGCUUAUCUGAUGUGGUGAUAAUUCGUCUUUACGGCGCAGUCUAACUUGGUUGUGAUUUCCUACGACAAUUCCCUCCCUCAAAACACCCACACACUGUGAGGCUGAGCGGCGAGCUCGGGCGAGGGUCCAUCAACAAACAACCACACUCCGCUUUUCAUCCAAUCUCACAGAUCCUACCGAACAGGGAAGAUGGCGCCGCUCUCGUCAUCAAAAUAUCGUUCCUCACCGGGUAGAUCCUCGAGAAACCAGACCAAGGUCACCCUAAAGACAUCGCGGAGCUCGGAUCCGAGCACUUCGGAAGGCCCGCCCCUCAAGAAACGGAAGUAUAUUCCAGGUGGUCCCGGUGGAGGAGGGCGUUAUAUUGAACUAGAAGUGAAGGAGCCGGCUUCGAGACAACCAAAGACCACGCCAGCAGCUCGACGCAAUUCCUCAAGCUCCCGCAGUCGCCCUGCUCCUGCUCCUGCUCCUGCUCCUGCUCCUACUCCAGAACCCGAGCCUCCUCAGCCCGUACAGUUACCGCCUCCUCCUCCUCCUCCGCCGCCGCCGUCGCCACCUCCUGUACCAUCCACGCCGCCUUCUGCGCGUCUGAGACGAGAAAAGAGCCAGACUCGUGGCCGCUUCGGCUCAUCGACCGCGGCUGCACUUGCGUUACAACAAGGAGAUGGGUACAAACCACGCGAAGAACGCGGCUGGGAGGAGUUUCAUCCAGACCUGGAUAUCGACACCAAGUUUACGGUUUUCAGUGCAGAAGAGGUGGAUGGCCCUCCACCGUCGGCUUCGAUAGCUCAAAUCCUAUCGCCUAACGGCCUGGAUAACAGUAGCGACAAGGAUCCGAUCGCGGAGCUCAUUAGAGCGCACGCCAAUGGCACUUCGCCGACGCCAAUCAAGCGCCGCCCCGGGCGCCCUCCUCGUCGUCCCGAAGCUAUCCUCCAUGCUCUGGGCAUCUCGCCGCAACCGAAAGCCGUUCCUCCUCCUGGUCCCAAUCCGCGCGAAAGGCUGACCCUCCCGAAGCCCACAUUCCGACUGCGGGAUCCAUUUACCUUCUAUGACCAACCUGGUGUAGGUCAGCAGAAUUAUGUCGACCGUACCAUGGCUAGCGUUGGCUAUCAAGAGAGCGACCUCUUUUUGCGGCAUGACCGGCGGUUGGUUCGUAUGUCGGAGUGUGCGCAGGAAGAUGACCUAGAUCUGACCAACCUCGUUGCCUCAGAGGGGGAGGUCAAUGCGGCUGUUGGCCGGGUGGAGUAUGAUAUGGACGAGCAGGAUGAGAAGUGGCUGGAAGACUACAACGCGAAACGGAGGGAAGAUCAACUGGAGCCAAUAAAACCGGCGGUCUUUGAAAUCACAAUGACCAAGAUUGAACGGGAAUGGUAUGCCCUGGAGAAGCGUAUCCCAAAACCGAACCCGAAGCCCCCGCAAACGCAGCGCCCUCGUUCGAGCUCCGCCGCCGCGGUCAAUGGGGAAACUGCCCCCGGCGAAGAGCAGGACAGCAAGUGUGCCAUUUGUGAUGACGGCGACUGCGAGAACUCGAAUGCGAUUGUGUUCUGCGAUGGGUGCGACCUAGCGGUGCAUCAAGAGUGCUAUGGCGUUCCUUUUAUCCCCGAAGGACAAUGGCUUUGCCGCAAGUGUCAACUCAUAGGCCGGGGAUCUGUUAACUGCAUUUUCUGUCCGAACACCGAGGGCGCCUUCAAACAGACGACCACCUCGAAAUGGUCCCAUCUUCUGUGUGCUAUCUGGAUUCCGGAAGUCUCGAUCGGCAACCCAUCUUUGAUGGAGCCGAUUACUGACGUCGAAAAAGUGCCGCGAAGCCGAUGGAAACUCAAUUGCUAUAUCUGUCGCCAGAGGAUGGGUGCAUCCAUCCAGUGUAGCAACAAGAACUGUUACCUGGCGUUCCACGUAACGUGCGCCCGACGAGCCCAGCUCUAUCUGAAAAUGAAGUCAGGCCAUGGUACCCCGGCCGUGAUGGACUCCCAUCUCCUCAAGGCCUUCUGUGAUAAGCAUGUUCCGCCCGAAUGGCGAAGGGAGCAUGGUACCGAUGCCGCUACGGCCGAUGCGAUCGAGUACUAUCGGAAUACCAUGCAGGGUCGCCGCUGGGGAGAUAGCCAAGCAGCGGCCCUCUCGUUGGAACCCGCCCACUCCCAUAUUGGGGAGCAUGGAGAGGACGACGGGCACCGGACACAUACACCACGUAUUACGCUUACUGUCGGUGGCAACAAGCGCAAGCGAAUGACUGCACCUAAAACGAUCUGGAAGCUACCGUCCGGAGCUCCGGUGAUUCCUCAGGUCGUCCUAAACUCGGUCGGCGCUUCGCUCCAACGAUUUGGAGUCCGGCAGAGGAAGCAAUUUGCUGAAGAUGCCUGCAAAUACUGGACCCUUAAACGCGAAGCGAGACGAGGUGCUGCGCUUCUGAAACGGCUGCAGUUGCAGUUGGAGACCUUCUCAUCGAUGGAGAUGACCAGGAGAGAUUAUGUUGCGAUGGGGGUGACCGGCAGCAAGCGACUUCAGCGGCGCAUCGAUUUUGGCCAGAGGCUUUGCUACGAUUUGGAUAAAUUGAGGACACUGUGCGACGAAGUCAGAAGGCGAGAACAAGAAAAGCUGAAGGAUGUGGAAACUCUACGGAGCAUCGUAGACACCGUCUACUUCCCUAUCUUCCCUUUGCUCUGGCCUAUCUUCGAGAAAGCUCAAGGGUAAGCAGCUGUGCUGGCUCCAUUAUCUAAUUCUUCCUUUGCUAAUGUCCUUCGCAGGCUCGAUGGCAAAGGUAUCUUCAAGAAAGGACUGUCCUCUAUCCGUGCAAAGCUCCAAGAACGCUACUACUCGUCG